CAAUGUUUGUCAACUAGCCUCAACAAAAAGUGGAUGUAAACUGAAUUCAGCUCGCGCACUUGCGUUUGAUUGACAGGAGAAACACCAUGGAAACAGCCGCAGAAACGUCAACAAACUCGACGGCCAUGAGUGUUAGUCGAAAGGAAGAUUCCGGAUCGCUGGUUCGGCUGAUUCGUUCAUUUCCGCCGGAGAGCGACAUGUUUCACGCCGCCGCGUGCGGAGCGCGUGUUGAGUUUGACUCUGACGAGAGCGCGCAAACCAUUGCACACUGACAAACACGGUCUCACCGUGCUUCACAUCGCAGCGCUGCAUGGACACCUGGCCUGUAUGGAGCUGCUGCUGGAGGCUGGUGAUUGUGUGGAUGUGGAUGUGAGUUGUCCUCAGGGACGCAGACCGCUACAUAUGGUGCUGACGACUCAGAGCGGACGAAACUCUCACGCCUGCCUCGUUUACCUGCUGGAACACGGAGCCCAGAUCAAUGUGUCAACAGAUGAAGGAUUGACUCCACUGCAUUUGGCCGCUGCAGAGGGUCUGAUGGAUUGCACAGAGACGCUGGUGAGAAACGGAGCUGACACCCACGCUCGGGACAAGAGGGGUCACACGGCCCUCGACCUCGCUCGUAUCUGGGGCCACAGGCUCAUUGCCAGGUUUCUGAAAGAUGCCAUGUGGCGAAAAGACAAGCAGCAGGAGAUGGUGAACACCAAACAGCAACGUGACCUCAGGCAAUUCCAGUGUUUCAAUGUGCUGGAUCUGCCUCGACUGGGUCGGGCCCUAAAAACCAAAGACUCGCCCUGGACUGAGGUGGCCAUGCACCUCGCCGAGGAGUUGAAGCCCGGACACUAUUAGACCCACUCUCUUCUACAGAGACCGUUGUCAUAUUUUCAAUAAGUGCCAGAGGAAUAAAAAGUUGCACUAA